GCGCCGCUCAAGUGCGCGGCUCGGCGGAGCAUUACGGCGGCCGAGCGCUGCCCGGGCCGGCAGCGCGGAGCCCGCAGCGCGGCCAUGGCCGAGCGCCGCGCCUUCGCCCAGAAGAUCAGCAGGACCGUGGCAGCCGAGGUCAGGAAGCAGAUCUCGGGCCAGUAUGGAGGCUCCCCGCAGCUCCUCAAGAACCUCAACAUCGGAGGCAGCGUCUCUCACCACACCACUGUGCCUCUCACAGAAGCUGUGGAGCCUGUGGACCUGGAGGAAUAUCUCAACAGCCACCCCCUGGCCGUGGAGUCGGGGCCCCUGCGGGACCUGCUGGAGUUUCCGCGCGAUGACAUCGAGGUGGUGUCCACGCCCCGCGAGUGCCGCACGCUCGUGUCCGCCGUGCCCGAGGAGAGCGAGAUGGACCCUCACGUGAGGGACUGUGUCAGGAGUUACACGGAGGACUGGGCCAUCGUCAACAGAAAAUACCACAAGCUGGGAACUGGGUUCAACCCCAACACCUUGGACAAACAGAAGGAGAGGCAAAAAGGGCUCCCCAAACAGGUCUUCGAGUCUGACGAAGCUCCUGAUGGCAACAGCUACCAGGAUGAACAAGAUGACCUCAAGCGCCGCUCAAUGUCGAUCGACGACACGCCCCGGGGCAGCUGGGCCUGCAGCAUCUUCGACCUCAAGAACUCCCAGCCCGAUGCCCUCCUCCCCAACCUGCUGGACAGAACCCCCAACGAGGAGAUCGACCACCACAAUGAGGACCAGAGGAAGUCCAGCAGGCAUAAGGAGCUUUUUGCACUACACCCGGCACCAGAUGAGGAGGAGCCCAUAGAGAGACUCAGUGUCCCUGAAGUACCCAAAGAACACUUUGGCCAAAGACUCCUGGUGAAGUGUUUGUCCCUGAAAUUUGAAAUAGAAAUUGAGCCCAUUUUUGCAAGUUUGGCUUUGUAUGAUGUUAAAGAAAAGAAGAAGAUUUCAGAGAAUUUCUACUUUGAUUUAAACUCUGAGCAAAUGAAGGGAAUGCUUCGGCCUCAUGUCCCCCCUGCUGCUAUUUCCACCCUGGCCAGAUCUGCCAUCUUUUCUAUCACCUACCCAUCCCAAGAUGUCUUUCUAGUAAUAAAGCUGGAAAAAGUGUUACAGCAGGGAGAUAUUGGGGAGUGUGCAGAGCCUUACAUGAUUUUUAAAGAAUCUGAUGCAGCAAAGAACAAGGAAAAGUUGGAAAAGCUGAAGGGCCAGGCAGAGCAGUUUUGCCAAAGACUGGGCAAGUACCGGAUGCCUUUUGCCUGGACAGCCAUUCACCUCAUGAACAUUGUGAGCAGUGCUGGCAGCUUGGAAAGAGAUUCCACAGAAGUUGAAGUUGGCACAGGAGAACGUAAAGGGUCGUGGUCGGAGCGGCGCAAUUCCAGCAUCGUCGGGAGGCGCUCCCUGGAGAGGACCACGAGUGGGGACGAGGCUUGCAACCUGAGCAGCUUCAGGCCAGCCACCCUGACAGUGACCAACUUCUUCAAACAGGAGGGGGAUCGCCUGAGCGAUGAGGACCUGUACAAGUUCCUGGCUGACAUGAGACGCCCCUCGUCGGUGCUGCGCAGGCUCAGACCCAUCACAGCUCAGUUGAAGAUAGACAUAUCUCCAGCUCCAGAGAACCCCCACUACUGCCUAACCCCAGAGCUGCUGCAGGUCAAGCUUUACCCAGACAGCAGAGUCAGACCUACACGAGAAAUCCUGGAGUUCCCUGCCAGGGAUGUCUACGUCCCAAACACCACAUACAGGAAUCUCCUUUAUGUGUAUCCACAGAGCCUUAACUUCGCCAACCGGCAGGGAUCUGCCAGGAACAUCACAGUGAAAGUGCAGUUCAUGUAUGGAGAGGAUCCCAGCAAUGCCAUGCCGGUCAUCUUUGGCAAAUCCAGCUGUCCUGAGUUUUCCAAGGAAGCAUACACAGCUGUGGUGUAUCACAACAGAUCUCCUGAUUUUCAUGAGGAAAUCAAGAUUAAGCUUCCAGCCACUUUGACAGACCACCACCACCUGCUUUUUACUUUCUACCACGUCAGUUGCCAACAAAAACAAAACACACCCCUGGAGACUCCAGUUGGCUACACCUGGAUCCCGAUGCUGCAGAACGGCCGGUUAAAGACGGGUCAGUUCUGCCUGCCUGUGUCAUUGGAAAAGCCACCACAGGCUUAUUCAGUGCUUUCUCCAGAGGUUCCUCUCCCUGGGAUGAAGUGGGUGGACAACCACAAAGGGGUUUUCAAUGUGGAAGUUGUUGCUGUGUCAUCCCUCCACACUCAGGACCCUUACCUCGACAAGUUCUUUGCGCUUGUCCAUGCUCUGGAUGAGCACAUGUUCCCUGUGCGAAUAGGAGACAUGAGAAUUAUGGAGAACAACUUGGAAAAUGAACUGAAGAGCAGCAUUUCAGCUUUAAAUUCCUCUCAACUGGAGCCGGUAGUGCGAUUUCUUCAUCUCCUGCUUGACAAACUGAUCCUUCUGGUAGUAAGACCUCCUGUCAUUGCAGGCCAAAUAGUGAACCUGGGCCAAGCAUCUUUUGAGGCGAUGGCAUCGAUCAUAAACAGACUUCACAAGAACCUGGAUGGCAACCAGGACCAGCAUGGCAGGAACAGCCUGCUUGCUUCCUAUAUUUAUUAUGUUUUUCGCCUGCCCAACACCUACCCCAACUCACCAUCACCAGGUCCCGGCGGCCUGGGCGGGUCCGUGCACUACGCCACCAUGGCCAGGUCGGCCGUGCGGCCCGCCAGCCUCAACCUGAACCGCUCGCGCAGCCUCAGCAACAGCAACCCCGACAUCUCCGGCACCCCCACCUCGCCCGACGAUGAGGUGCGCUCCAUCAUCGGCACCAAGGGCUUGGACCGCUCCAAUUCCUGGGUAAACACUGGUGGUCCAAAAGCAGCCCCAUGGGGAUCCAACCCCAGCCCAAGUGCAGAGUCAACACAGGCUACGGAUCGAAGUUGUAAUCGUAUGUCUUCGCACACUGAGACGUCAAGUUUCUUACAAACAUUAACAGGACGAUUACCAACCAAAAAGCUUUUCCACGAGGAGCUGGCCCUGCAGUGGGUUGUGUGCAGCGGGAGCGUGCGGGAGGCGGCCCUGCAGCAGGCCUGGUUCUUCUUCGAGCUGAUGGUGAAGAGCAUGGUGCAUCAUCUAUAUUUUGCUGACAAACUGGAUGCGCCGAGGAAGAAUCGUUUCCCGGAGCGCUUCAUGGAUGACGUGUCUGCACUGGUCAGCACAAUCGCUGGUGAUAUAGUCUCCCGCUUCCAGAAGGACACGGAAAUGGUGGAGCGGCUCAACACCAGCCUCGCGUUUUUCCUCAAUGAUUUGUUGUCCAUCAUGGACAGAGGAUUUGUUUUUGGUCUUAUUAAGACCUGCUACAAACAGGUGUCCUCAAAGGUGUAUUCCUUAACAAAUCCCAGCAACCUGGCAUCUCUCAAGCUGGACUUCCUGCGCAUCAUUUGCAGCCACGAGCACUAUGUCACCUUGAAUUUACCCUGCAGCUUACUCACACCGCCUGCAUCUCCAUCACCAUCUGUGUCUUCAGCCACUUCCCAGAGUUCUGGGUUCUCCACAAAUGUCCAAGACCAGAAGAUUGCAAAUAUGUUUGAGUUGUCUGUGCCUUUCCGCCAGCAGCAUUACCUGGCCGGGCUGGUGCUCACAGAACUGGCUGUCAUUCUAGAUCCUGAUGCAGAAGGAUUAUUUGGAUUGCAUAAGAAGGUCAUCAACAUGGUACACAACCUGCUGUCCAGCCACGACUCGGACCCGCGGUACGCUGACCCCCAGGUAAAGGCCCGGGUGGCAAUGCUGUAUCUACCUCUGAUUGGCGUGAUCAUGGAAACUGUGCCUCAGCUCUAUGACUUCACAGAGAGCCACAACCAGCGGGGGAGGCCGAGCUGUGUCGCCGUGGACGAUUAUGAGAGCGAGGGUGGCAGCAUGAUCAGCCAGACAGUGGCCAUGGCCAUUGCAGGGACUUCUGUCCCCCAGCUCACCAGGCCCAGCAGUUUCCUACUCCCUUCUUCGAGUGGCAGGCAGCACUCCACCUUCUCAACAGAGUCCAGCCGCAGCCUCCUCAUCUGCCUGCUGUGGGUGCUGAAGAACGCAGACGAGAGCGUCCUGCAGAAGUGGUUCACUGACCUGUCAGUGCUGCAGCUCAACCGCCUGCUGGACCUGCUCUAUCUCUGUGUCUCCUGCUUUGAGUACAAGGGCAAGAAAGUGUUUGAAAGAAUGAACAGUCUGACGUUUAAGAAGUCGAAAGACAUGAGAGCCAAACUUGAAGAAGCAAUUUUGGGCAGCAUAGGGGCAAGGCAGGAAAUGGUCCGAAGAAGUAGAGGACAGCUGGAGAGGAGCCCUUCUGGGAGUGCCUUUGGAAGUCAAGAGAACCUGAGAUGGAGAAAGGAUAUGACUCACUGGCGGCAGAACACCGAGAAGCUUGACAAGUCAAGGGCAGAGAUAGAACAUGAAGCACUCAUUGAUGGGAAUCUUGCAACAGAAGCCAACCUGAUAAUUUUGGAUACUCUAGAGAUAGUUGUACAGACCGUGUCGGUGACGGAGUCCAAGGAGAGCAUCCUCGGCGGGGUGCUCAAAGUGCUGCUGCACAGCAUGGCCUGCAACCAAAGUGCCCUUUACCUCCAGCACUGCUUUGCCACGCAGAGAGCUUUGGUCUCAAAGUUCCCUGAGCUGCUGUUUGAGGAGGAGACAGAGCAGUGUGCAGACCUGUGCCUGAGGCUCCUGAGGCACUGCAGCAGCAGCAUUGGCCCCAUCAGGUCCCACGCCAGUGCCUCCCUGUACCUCCUCAUGAGGCAGAACUUCGAGAUCGGGAACAACUUUGCCAGAGUGAAGAUGCAGGUGACCAUGUCCCUCUCAUCCCUGGUGGGGACAUCCCAGAACUUCAAUGAAGAAUUCCUGCGGCGUUCCCUCAAGACUAUUCUGACAUAUGCUGAGGAGGAUCUGGAACUUAGGGAGACAACAUUUCCUGACCAGGUCCAGGAUUUAGUGUUCAACCUCCAUAUGAUCCUGUCAGACACAGUUAAAAUGAAGGAGCACCAGGAAGAUCCAGAAAUGCUGAUUGACCUGAUGUACAGGAUUGCCAAGGGCUACCAGAAUUCCCCUGACCUGAGGCUGACGUGGCUGCAGAACAUGGCAGGGAAACAUUCCGAGAGGAGCAACCACGCCGAGUCUGCCCAGUGCCUGGUGCACUCUGCAGCCCUGGUGGCCGAGUACCUGAGCAUGCUGGAGGACAGGAAAUACCUCCCUGUGGGCUGUGUGACAUUCCAGAACAUAUCUUCCAAUGUUUUGGAAGAGUCAGCAGUUUCUGAUGAUGUUGUGUCCCCAGAUGAAGAAGGAAUCUGUUCUGGGAAGUAUUUUACAGAAGCUGGUCUGGUGGGAUUGCUGGAACAGGCUGCAGCAUCUUUCUCUAUGGCUGGCAUGUAUGAAGCAGUUAAUGAGGUUUACAAAGUCCUUAUUCCUAUUCAUGAAGCCAACAGAGAUGCCAAGAAGUUGUCUACAAUUCAUGGUAAACUGCAGGAAGCAUUCAGCAAGAUUGUUCACCAGAGUACUGGCUGGGAGAGGAUGUUUGGCACCUACUUCCGAGUUGGUUUUUAUGGCACUAAGUUUGGAGACCUGGAUGAGCAAGAGUUUGUUUACAAGGAGCCUGCAAUAACCAAGCUGGCUGAAAUCUCCCAUCGGCUGGAGGGGUUUUAUGGAGAACGGUUUGGGGAAGAUGUGCUGGAAGUGAUCAAGGACUCAAACCCUGUGGACAAAUGUAAACUUGAUCCCAACAAGGCCUACAUCCAGAUCACCUACGUGGAGCCCUACUUCGACACGUACGAGAUGAAGGACAGGAUCACCUACUUUGACAAGAACUACAACCUGCGGCGCUUCAUGUACUGCACGCCCUUCACGCUGGACGGCCGCGCCCACGGCGACCUGCACGAGCAGUUCAAGCGCAAGACCAUCCUCACCACCUCCCACGCCUUCCCCUACAUCAAAACCAGGAUCAACGUCAUCCACAAGGAGGAGAUCAUUUUGACCCCCAUCGAGGUCGCCAUCGAGGACAUGCAGAAGAAAACCCAGGAAUUGGCUUUUGCCACCCACCAAGACCCUGCAGACCCCAAGAUGCUGCAGAUGGUGCUGCAGGGAUCAGUAGGUACCACAGUGAAUCAGGGACCAUUAGAAGUUGCACAAGUUUUCUUGUCUGAAAUCCCCAACGAUCCAAAGCUCUUCAGACACCACAACAAACUCCGCCUCUGCUUCAAGGACUUCACCAAAAGGUGUGAGGAUGCCCUGAGGAAGAACAAGAGCCUGAUCGGGCCGGACCAGAAGGAAUAUCAGCGGGAGCUGGAGCGCAACUACCACCGGCUCAAGGAGGCCCUGCAGCCCCUGAUCAACAGGAAGAUCCCACAGCUCUACAAGGCAGUGCUGCCUGUCACGUGCCACAGAGACUCCUUCAGCAGGAUGAGCCUUCGCAAAAUGGAAAUCUAAACGAGUUAAAAACCAAAAUAAAAAAAAAAAGCACUUAAAAAAUUAAGGUUUUGAAAAGAAAAAGAGCCUUGUUAUCAGCGCUGGGAAUCAAAGAAGUUUUAUUGUGAAAUAAAACUUGGACUUCAUCCUGGACAUCCCACACACCUCUUCCUCCAUCCAAGUGUUCAGUGGCCAAAAAAUCAUUCUGAAAUGUCAAAUGUAGACUUCUCAAUGUUUGAAAAGAAAAAAAAAACCAUCAUGGCAGUGGUAUCCAGAGUAUUGGUGAUGAGCUGUAAACUUACCUGUUUUUUAAGGCAUUUUUAUGACUCAAAGGUACACUAAACGCAUUUACCUUUAUUUAUAGCAUUACCUAAUGUUAAAUUUAUUUUACUUUUAGUUCCUAUAUUUAAUUUAUAUUAGGACCAUACGCAAAUGCAUUUUGGAAGUUUUUAAUGUAGUGAUGAUGCUGAUGGUUAUUUUGAUGGUACUAUUAAAUAUGUGAAUGUUUACACUUUAAUUCCCUGUGCAUUGGACUUCAGGGCUCAGCAUCCUUGGGGAAAAGGUUCAGAGCAAGGUAAGUCAUGGUAACAUUAAUUAACAGAGUGCUGAUUGUUUAUUAUCCCUGUUCUUUUGCUGCAAACAUAAAAAAAAAUAAUUGCACCUGUAGCCAGCAGCAGGUGGAGGCACAGCUUGGUACCCCCUCACCUCCUUCAGCCCAGCAGGGGAAGUUUCAGCUUCACUUGUGUGUGUUCAUGGACAUCUCCACCAGCUGGGAGGUGCCAGCAUCUCCUCACCCCUGGAAUUAGCAGUGUCCAUGGAACUAAACUCAUUUUAUGUAAUUUUUUAAUUACAGCCUAAUUUCACAGGGCAAAAAACCCUAAAAUGGUGUCACAGUUUAAAAGGGUACAAGGCAUUCUUUGCAUUGCUGUUUAUGUGAAGAAAGAUGUGUUUUACAGCAGAUAUUUUGGGGUCUAACACUGCACUUCAAGGAAACAUCAGAUUUGGAGCUGAGUUCACAACUCCUAAAUCUUGUCCUUAAUAUUUUUCCUCUCUGUGGUGAACAAAGUCCCCUGGAAGAGGUGGUGUGUGAUUAAACACAUUUAUUCUCUCUCCAUAAACACCUAAGUAUGCAUAAAAUACAGAUAUACACACAAAGCCUGAAUUUGAUAAACAUACUCUUUAUAUAUAUAAAAAAAAAUAGAAGGAAAAAUGGGUUUAUACAUGAAGUGGCCCCCUUCUGCAGCAGCACUAAAGUUUAGGGUGGGAAGGGUCUUUUUUCCCUUCCUGCUACUUAUUUUAGGUUAUUGGAGACUUCUCCCAUGCUCUGUCAUCCCAGCAGCUGCACAGUGGGGGUGCUUUGUGUGCCAGGCUCUGGAAGGUUCCCUGGAACACAAUAAUCCUGAAUUGGUUCUGUCUCACACCUGCAUGGAGUUCCCUGCAGAAGGAAAACUCCAAACUUUCCAUGGAUAUUCCAAGGCUCUUGCAAAGCCCAGGGGUGCUGACAAGGCCUUGGAGGUGCUACAGGAGUCAGGGAGUCUCAGAAUGGAAAAUAUGAAGGAAGGAGGGAAGGGCUUUGGAAGAGAUUUACAGGAAGAGGCAUUAAAAAUAUUUACACAGUGCAAACAAAUCCAAGGAGCCAUGAAAGGAUAAAACUUUAAUUUGCAGCAGUCCUGCUCCAGGACAGGAGUUACAAGCAACAAGUUCAGGGGGUGGCAAGUGGUGCUUGAGUGAAUAUCCCAAAAAUCCACCCCCAGUCCCUCUCCCUGUGCCAGAGGAGGGGUUUUCAUUCUUUUCAUUCAGCAUCUUCCAGCUGAAGCUGUUUUCUCUUCAGCUGCCACAAAGAAUCUCCUCCCAGGCUGCGCUGGGAUGAUGGAAGGCAGCUGGGUCUUCCUGACAUCCUAUUUUGGUGUAAAUAAUGGUAUUUUGUUUCCUUGGAACAUUCCUGAUGCUGCAGUUGAGUGAAAAAGAUAAAAGUCUUGCACUAGGUGUAGAAAAAUAAACUUUCAUUUGCAGGCUGAAAUUCAGCAAAGCCUAAAAACUUGCAUUCUGUAAUGGGAUUGGGCUGCCCUCGCAAGGUAAGAUUACUCAUAUUUUUGUAAUGUAGCUUUUUCUUGGUUUUGACUCUGAAAUUAUUUAUUAUUAUGAUACAAUGCUUUGGAAAAGGGAAAGUGUAUUUUGUCAUUGCAGGGUUUUUUUAUGCUGCAAAAUCAAGGCCUGUACAACAUUCAGAGGUCAAACCUAACAUGGAAAAUGCACUAAAAGAGAUUUUUCCUGACUUAACCUCCAUGUUUAUACAACAUUAUAAUAAAAGGUAGUAAAAAUUAA